AUGAACGAGCUCACUCGCCCUUCCGAGUGGGCAUAUAAGCACACGUCUCGACCCAUGGGAAAAUGGAAUGUGGCAUCUAGUCCGCCUUCUGCCCGCCGCGCUGCCUACCCUGCGGACUCGUCAACGCCGUCCAAAAUGUAUCCGAGGACAUUCCUCAUGGCCGCAACGGCAAGCGCUGCCGCCAUAUACGGUCUCGGAGAGACUCCAGACAUCGGUGUCACCUUCUACGAGCACGCAAACUUUGAGGGAAUCUCCUUCGCCGUGCCUUCGCUGGGAAAAUGCUGGUCGAUGCCGACCCAAUUGAAGAAAACAAACGUGUCGUCCGUCAAGUUCUUCACCGACGAAGUGACGUGUCUCGUGUACUCCUACAACCGAUUGUGUCUCAACCCGCCCAUGAUGAAUGACCUGAAGGCGAGUAUCAGGAACCUGCAUGACAACGAGGACGGCGAUCAGAUUAGGUCCGUGUUUUGCAAGCGGAUUCCUUCCCAGGCGGAUGAGAACCUGCCGCGCGGCCCUGAUCAAUCCUAG